AUGCAUUUAAAAUUUAUUUUGUAUGUAUUUUUCUUUUUAAUGGUAUUCCAUUUAAGUUUUAUUAAUAGAAGAAAAGGAAAAGGUUUUAUUGCAGCUUAUUAUUUAAAUUCAAAAAUUAAAUCUCAAAAUAAUAUAAAUGAAUAUCCCCAAAAUAAAAUAAAUGAAUUUUGUUUAAAUAACAAAGUGUGCAAUGUUUUGUAUGCAAAAUACUUUAAAAAAGUUUUUGAAAACUUGAAUUUACGUGCAAAUCAGGAAGAUAAAAAAGGAUUACCUAUCUCAAACAAUUUAAACAAUAUUGGAAAAUCAUAUAUUAACACAAUUAAUGAAACUAUGGCUGAAGAUCACAAUAUAAAACCGCAUAAAACCCGAUUAGAAGAAUUAAAAACUGUUAUGAAAAGAAAUAAUAUAGAUGUAUAUAUAUUAAUGAACAAUGAUGAACAUAAUUCGGAAAUAAUAAAUGAUAAAGAUAAAAAGAUUUAUUUUUUAAGUAAUUUUAGUGGAGCUGAUGGAACUUUAAUAAUAACACAAGAUGAACAAAUAUUAUAUGUUAAUGCAUUAUAUGAAUUACAAGCAAAUAAAGAAUUAGAUAAAGAUAUUUUUACAUUAAAAAUUAUAAGAAUAAAUAAUAGAGAGGAAAUAUAUGAUACUAUUUCUUCUUUACAAUUUAAUAAUAUUGCUUUUGAUGGAAAAAACACUGGUGUUCGUUUUUUUGAAAAAUUAAGAAAAAGCAUUUCUCAAAAAUAUACCAAUAGAAAAAUUGAAGAAAAAGUUAUAUAUGGUAAUAACUUUGAUUAUUUAAAACAAAAUAAUAAUAUUAAUCUACUGAUAUUAGAAAAUUCUUUAGUAGAAAUAAAAAAUUUUGAAGUAAAUACGAAAAGUGUGUUCAUACAUGAUUUAACAUUCAAUGGGUCAUCUAUCGCUGAAAAAAUUGCUAAAAUGAAGUACUCUUUUAUCGAAGAAAUUAAAGACGUAAAUAAUAUAUUAAUUUCGGAAUUAGAUGAAAUAGCUUAUUUUUUAAAUUUACGUGGUUAUGAUUACAAAUUUUCUCCUUUGUUUUAUUCGUAUUUAUUGUUUCAAUUUAAUAGACAGAAAAAUGAUUUUGAUAAAAUUAUUCUAUUUACUAUUGUUAAUAAUUUAACAGAGGAAGUUAAAGAUUAUUUAAAUAAGAAUAACAUUAUUAUAAAAGAUUAUGAAAGUGUAAUAGAAUAUUUAAGGGAUAACAUCUCAACAAAACUACAGGAUAUAAAUGGUAGUAAAACUGUUAUAGAUUUAACAGAAGAUAAUUAUAACAACACAGAACUAAUAUCUUAUGAUAUUUCAUUAAGUCCAUUUAUUAAUUUGAUCAUUUAUAUGUUAUUUAACAAAAAAAAUGUUUUGUUACAAAACUCACCAAUUGUAAAUAUGAAAGCAAUAAAAAAUGAUAUUGAAAUAGAGAAUAUGAAGGAAGCACAUAUAUUAGAUGCUUUAGCAUUAUUACAAUUUUUUCAUUGGGUUAACGAAAAAAAAAAGUCAAAAGAAUUAUUUAAUGAAACAGAAAUUUCUUUAAAAAAUAAAAUUGAUUAUUUUAGAUCAACUAAAAAGAAUUUUCUCUUUCCUUCAUUUGCUACGAUAUCAGCAAUAGGACCAAAUGCAGCAAUAAUUCACUAUGAAUCAACAGAAUCAAGUAACACGAAAAUUUCUCCAAAUAUUUAUUUGUUAGAUUCAGGUGGACAAUAUUUACAUGGAACUACAGAUGUAACUAGGACUACACAUUUUGGAGAACCAACAGAAGAAGAAAAAAAAGCAUAUACUUUAGUUUUAAAAGGACAUUUACAUUUAAGAAAAGUUAUUUUUGCAUCUUAUACAAACUCUCUUGCAUUAGAUUUUAUGGCUCGCUCUUAUUUAUUUAAAAAUUAUAUGGAUUAUAGUCAUGGAACUGGGCAUGGGGUUGGUCUAUCUUUAAACGUUCAUGAAGGAGGUUGUUCAAUUUCUCCAGUUUCUGGUACCCCUUUAAAAGAAAACAUGGUUCUUUCUAAUGAACCUGGUUAUUAUUUAGAAAAUAAAUUUGGUAUAAGAAUUGAAAAUAUGCAAUAUGUAAUUGUUAAAAAGAAAAAAGACAAUACAGAAUAUCUUUCCUUUAAUGAUUUAACUGUUUAUCCUUAUGAAAAAAAAUUGUUAGAUUUUUCUCUUUUAAAUCAGGAGGAAAUUAGGGAUAUUAAUGAGUACCAUGAUAAUAUCAGAAAAACAUUAUUACCAUUAUUAAAAGAAAAUCCAACAGAAUAUGAUGAAGGCAUUAUAGAUUAUUUAAUGGAAAUUACUGAACCGAUUUUAAUCUAG